UUUAACCAAAAAAAAAACAGCAAAAAUGGGGAGAACUGAAAUGGCAAGAAAACAAAAUUAAGUAGAAAUAAAAAAGUAGAGAAAGGGACAGCUUGAAAUCCGUUAGACCCUCGUCAUUAUUUCCGAGUGAAAAUAAAAUUAAAAAAUAAUUCAACAAAGCCCCCUAAAACUCCCAAACCCAAAAUCUCUGCUACACUAAUAAUCACUGCUCUGCACAUAUUUCUUAAAAACAACCAGUAUACUUUGGAUCUGUUUAAAAUACAAAUAGAUAUUUCCUUGAACUAGUGAGAUCGGAGAUGCUUGACGGUAUACUAACCCGUGGUUUCAGCUCUAAAUGCAAAUCGCUUAUAAAGGCAACCAGGACGCGAAUCGAGGUGGUGAGACGAAGAGCUGAGGCAAAACAGAGGUUUUUGAAGGAAGAUCUUGCCAAAUUGCUUGAUAAUGGACUCGAUAUUAAUGCUUCUGGAAGGACUGAAGAAUUUUUGCUUGGGCAGAACCUCCUAUCCUGUUAUGACUUUGUGGAACAUUCUUGUGAAUAUAUUGUGAAGCAGCUCUCCUACAUGCAGAAACUAAGGGAUUGUCCUGAGAACUGCAGAGAAUCUGUGGCAUCGUUGAUGUUUGCUGCAGCAAGAUUCUCCGAUUUUCCAGAAUUACGAGAGCUAAGGGAUUUAUUUCAGGAGAGAUACGGGAACUCUUUAGAAUGUUUUGUUAACCAGAAGUUUGUCGAGAAAUUAUCUUCAAGCCCCCCUGCAGUGGAGCAGAGAAUUCAAUUGUUGCAAGAUAUUGCGGUAGAGUUUUCCAUAAGGUGGGACUUCUUGGGAUUCCAAAAGAGGAUGGCACUUGUACAGGCCCAACCAAACUGGACUGGACCUUCACAUGCUUCUGCUGGCAACCACAUUCUACCAAAUGGCAAGGAUGGUGGUUCAAAUGCUGAUAAACUUGAUAUUGCACUUGGUGAAAGGCACAAAGGUUUGAAUGAGGAACAUCAUAUACAGAAUGGCAGAGAGGAUAUUUUCUUUAUGAAAGAGCAGCAGGAUCUUCAUUCCUUUGAAAGGAAAGAAUCAAGGAAGGAUGGAAAUAAACAUCUUACAAAGCAGGAAACAAGCUGUUCAAUGGGGCAAAAACAUGCUAUCUUGUUUGACAAGGAGGAGGAACAGGCAAGGAUAAGAAACAAAAUAGUACUGGAGAAAGAUGAUAACUCAACAAGGAUAGCAAAAUCAGGCAGCUCAUCACAUAGAGAGAGGCUAAAAGGUUUUGAUCAUAAAUUCACUAGACAAAAUGAAAAUCAUGGUCAAAUUCUCACUGGAAGAGCACAGGACCCUCUAUCUUGUGCAAGAUCAAAGACUGCUCCUUGUAGGGGACUCCUUUUCAGGAACGAAGACGUCUCUUCUGCUUGGGACAUGUCCAUUGAAAAGAAUACUGUUGACUCAACAAGAAUGGUUCAGAAGGAAGAUGGAAAUAGGUUAAUGACAUCCUAUGCCAACUUUGCGCUUCCUCCACCAUACAUCAAGUCCAAAGAGAAAGCCAUCCUUCCUCCCUAUGUAAGGCCAAACAAUAGCAAAGAAAGAGCCCGUAAAGGUUCUAAGCAGUCUGCUUCUGAAUUAGAUGGCCAUUUCAGAAGUUUCUGUCCACACAAUAGAGUUGAAACAAUUAAGGUCAAUAGAGAAUCAGGCCUUUCUGAUCAUGAGGCUCAAACUAUUAAAGCCACUAGAACAAAUAGUCAUGGUCACGAUAAAGAAUUCUCUCACAAGGAUGUGAUCUUGCCCAAACCAAGAUCUGUCAGGAGAAAGCACCAUAAAUCUUCGACAAAUCACAGCGAAGACGGGAAGUCUGAAGAUGCCAGAGCAGUCGAGAAAAGUUCAAGAAAUCGGCGAAGUGAACAUUCAAGGAAAGGCUUGCAGAUUUUGUUUGAGGAUGAACGCCAUCAAAAAGAUGAAGAGGAAAGAAUGAUAGAUAAAUUAUUGCUGCAUUACAGCAAAAAACCAUCUAAAUGUGAUGUGGAAAACCUGAGAAAAAAGCCACAAGCUCAUCUUUUACAUCUGACAACUCCUGAUACUGGUAAAUUCUCAAAUAAUGAAACCAACAGAUUUCAGGAUGAAAUGGAUUCAGUUAUUGUUCCUUUCCCCAAAAGAUCAAUUUCCCUCCCACAUGACCAGGCUACUCCGUCAAAGGCGACAAGGGUAUUCUCUCGUGCCAAUUCAUUUCAGCCAGACAAUCAGGCAUGUCAUGUGCAUCCAAAACUACCAGAUUAUGAUGAUUUGACUGCCCGAUUAGCUGCUCUUAGAGGCCGAUAAAUUUAAUAGUGGGCCAGAAUAUGAGGAGUGCUAACUGUUGGUGUUUGCUCCAGUGUGUGUUACAUCUUCACAUUCAUUUACACAAGGCUGAUGCUUGUCCGAACUGCUUACUGACUGGAACCUGUAACCUGUAUUACUUGACGGUUGUCCUCACAAUAUUCAUCAUGAAGUUCUCAUAGAAGGUGUUCAAAUACUGCUCUUAGGAGGCAUAUAGCUGUACAAUAUAACAUGUUUAAUGAGGUAAGUGAUGUCCAGGCACCUUGCUCUAAUUGCCACGGGUGUACUAGUUGAUUGUAAAACCGUAACCAUCCACGAUUCAUAUGUAACCUUGAUAUUUAAGGCUAUGAGAUUCUUUGAGCGACUAUUCCUGUAUAAGCUUGCUCUAUUACAGGCUCAGAUGGUGAAGUUUGGACGGACAGCUAAUACUGAAAUAUCUAUUUAUUUUAAUCUUGCGACAAA